GUCGCCGCCUUGCAAAUCGCCUGCCAUAAAAGCGUGGGUGCACAGGUAUCUUUCAUGAAGAGGAUCGAAUUGUUGAUUGAAUGGACAUGAGCACGAAAGAGACCACACGGUCUCUUUGGAAGCAGAUCGAGAACAACCGCAUCAAAUCCAUCAGCGGUCGGUACUUCGUGCCUCGUUCUAGUCUCACCGCCAUCUUCACGCCGCUCGCAAUCUCAAAAGCCGUAGCAGAGCUAGAGUGCGAACCUGAAGACCGCAUCGGCCUCUCAAAGGAUAUCCACCAGGAUGGCAUCAUUACGUUCGCCAUUCUUGUCUGGAUGCAUCAAGAGGAGGCUAUCGUCAAAUUUCGUCGCCACCGCUGCCUUGAUUCCCAUGGUCCAUUGGACCCUAGCACCGCCAUUAGUAUCGCGCCUGAUUUUGGGAACACAUUCAGUAGAGAAGUACAAUUGGAAUUUCGACCACACUUUUUCCACCGUGGCGAAGACGUCGAGUUCGAUCAAUUAGAUAUCCUACCCUUUAUUGGAGUAGGGAAGGAACAGAAAGGGGGCGGGUACGGGGAGAUUACUGAACUAGCUGUCCAUUCAUCGCUUCAAGACUUUUAUCCUGACAAGGGCGUCGCGAUUGCUAUUAUCCGGAAGACCCUCCGUCUUGAUGCUUUCAAGUCUGAAGACAGCCGAAGGGCCGCCUUCAACCAAGAAAAGCGCUGUCUGAUGCUAUUCAAUAACCCUCAGCAUCCCAACAUUGUCCCACUCCUAAGUGCUUACGUUCAUGGCAGCGAUUAUUGCCUAGUGUUUCCCCGUCUCGACAUGGAUCUCGCAGGUUUCUUCAACAAGCCGACUCGGCAUGGCCACUUUCAAUGGGACUACACCUUUUUCUCCGCUCUGCAUGGGUUGUCCUCAGCACUCAGUAGGACGCACAAUAUUUACAUCCCAACCGAAAUCGAUGGGCCAGGUAUAUCACUCGUUGGAUAUCACCACGACUUCCGUCCUGCCAACAUCCUUGUGAACGAGGAAACCUUCCUGCUGGCUGACUUCGGUAUGGGCCGGGUUAAGGGCGAAGGAGAAGAUUCGAGGACUACAUGGAAGGCUGGCGUCGGCAGUUAUCUCGCUCCAGAAUGCAUGGAUGAAAGGUUCAUCGAACAGGAUGUUGGCAGAGCGGUCGACGUCUGGGCAUUUGGAUGUCUGACGGCUGAAUUAGCGACUUUCAUGACCUAUGGGCCAGACGGCUUGAGCGAAUUCCGCAAGAAAAAAAAAUCGACCCGAGAUCAGAUGCCUAACUGUACCGACAGCUACUUCCACGGCCGUGGAGAGGUCAAGGAAUCGGUGAGGGAGUGGCUCGACUUCUUGAAGUCAGACGGUCGUGUUGCCGCAGUCGACCUACACCUCCAUAGGCUGAUCUUCUCCAUGUUGGUGCCAGCCGAUGUGCGACCAGAUAUCGCCUCUAUUUGCAAGCAGCUUAGUCAAAUUAGCCUAAAGGCGCAUUUCCUUGCCGCUCUAGAUCUCUUCCAUUCUCUACUCGACGAGGCACGAGGUCCCACACCAAGGCCUUUGAUGAAGCUUUGGUUCGAAAGGGAACGAAUGAAAGCCUUUGGCAGAGUUUCAUGUCUCAAUGGCACCACCAUUGAUGAUCCCGUACUUGAAACCGUCUGCAAUCAUGGCGAGACCUGCAUCAAGACUUUAUUAAAGCUAUGUCAUCAACUCAGGGAGGUGGGAGCCGGACCUAGUUCGCCGGGACAGACUGUGAACAAUAGCCAUUACCAAGCUCAAGUACUUCAAGUCACACAACCUCAAAACGCGCAUCCUACAGUACAUGGCUCAAAAAUGCUCUGGGAGGCGUUUAGGGUCCGCGUCCAGAGUCUCGUGGAUGACCUCUGGGCAACGCUCCCAGAGACUGAGCUGAGGACAGCUGAGAUGCUGUGGGUACGCUCAAUGCUGAUGGAUCAAGAUAGCACGCAGUGGCUUAACGAUUUGGGAAACGCGCUAAAUACAGAAAACCGCCCUAUUUACCAACGAGGAGCCGCCAUGGCCAUUAUGAGGAAGAUUCGUCUGGAGUUCACCAAGAAUGAGGCUAGUGACAUAGAUCUUCAAAACCUCAGAACUAUCCACACGAAGGUCGUCAAGUUUGGGAAGUUUUCUGGUCACGAGUUGGCCAUCUUAGAGAAUGUUCCAAGCUCUGAAGGAGUACCAGUUCUAGUCGAGACAAUGCACUACGACCCCAGUUGGGAGAAAGUCCCGCCGACGGAGAGAACGAUCAUCAUGGCUGACAAGGCCAAGGGCUUUGGCGUACAACCAAAGCCGCGUGAUCUCAGAUUGUUGAACUGUCUGAAGUUUUUUGAAGUGGAAGACAAGAAUCGAACAGGUUACGCAUUUGUCUACCAAGUGCCACCCAUCCAACGUGGGAUGCCAGAUAUAUCGGCUCGCGAGUACACCAUUACCACUCUACUAGAACUACUAAUGAUCUCGGCCAAGCUGGCGAAAGAUGAUCCAAGCAUGAGCCAGAUUUUCCAGCCCCUGCUGGGCCAUAAGUUCCGGUUGGCUAGCAUGCUCGCUAGCAAUCUCUAUGCCUUCCAUAGUAUCGGAUGGUACCACGAGAACUACCACUCUAACAAUGUGGUGUUCUUCAACGCCUCGCAUUAUUUAACCGAUGGUGGCGACAGUUCUAGACGGAGUGGUAAGGGUUUGAUCAUCAGCCCGCAGCGAGGUAAGGUUCUCCUUGAGCCUUAUGUGGUAGGGUUGAAUAAGAGUCGACCUGGAGGAGAGGCUUGGCACACGCAAGGACCGUCGCUUGACACGGAGUUUGGAGACUACCAGCAUCCCGCUUACCGGCAAGCCACGAAGCACUACCGCAACGGGUACGAUUACUACUCACUCGGAGUGAUGUUGCUCGAGAUUGGCCUGUGGAUGCCGCUCCGGGCGUGGGCGAAGGGCGGUGAGAGAGGCAUAAAUCGUACGCUCAGCCCCGGCCAGCUUCGCGAUCUCCUUUUGUCGCGAUACGUGCCCCGUCUUGCUCCGAGGAUGGGGCAAUCGUACCAUGAUGUUGUGCAGUUGUUGUUGAGCGACGUGCUCGAUCCAUCUUCGGCGAUGGAGACGCCAGAUCCCGCUAUCGAGACUGUUGUAUUCGGGAAAUUCUUCGAUUCUGUUGUAUAUCCGCUUUCUCGGUUGGCGGAUGCGCUAGUAUAAGUAUCAGCUUGUGCGUGGAUCUGCCUUCAGACGCUCCCCAGCUUCCUUUCUUCUUCUCGUCACGGGUUUCAAGAUAUUAUCUCUUUAAUAUACAAGCCAAUCUUAGUUCUAAAAACGGGUGUUUCUUUUAUGACAGACUGGGGCUUAAGCUCCUAAUCUAACUAGUUUAUGUAUUAUAAAGGAAUUUUAUUUACC